AUGUCAAAUAACGAAGGAAAAAGGAAAAAUAUUUUAACACAGGAUAUGGCAACUUUAAAUAAUAAUAAUAAGGGCAAAUUUUUGACAAGAGUGGGAUUAUCUGCAACCAAAUUACUAGAUGAUGUUCUUCCUAUUAGUGGAAUUAAUGCGACAACCGAAUUGUCUAGUCUAAUGAAUAAUGUUGAUAAUAGUUCAAAGGCUAAUUCUUCUUCACUUUAUUCACGUACAUCAAAUGCUGCAUUAUUGAAUACAUAUGAAGGAAGUGGAAGUAUAAAACAAAAAAUUGAAUUAAGUUCUCAACAAGAAUUUCAAGGAUUAACAGGAAAAAAAUGA